GUUGUGCUCGCUCUGUUCCGGCGGCGGCAGCAGCAGCAGGGCGGGGUUUGUUUUGAGAGCGGACCGGAGGGAGACGACUCAACAGGGAAGAUGGCGACCGCAGGGUCUGCCGAACGGCCUGGCAGACCGGCCAGCGCCGCCACCGGCAGGUCCACCUCCGGACUAAGAGCUGGGCGCGGCUCCGGGUUUGGUUCCAGCCUGCUGGAGGACGAGGUGACGGAUUGCGCGGCGUGCGCGGCUGCGGCCGAAAGCCCGCCCUCUGGACACCCGGCCUGUCCGCUCUGCUUAGCCCGGAGACACUCCGGCAACAAGGAGCGGCUCCGUCGGAGGAGUGACCCCGAGAGGAGCUGCAGCAGACCCGGCAGGAGGGACUGCGACAACCGCAGAGAGUUCUUUGUGUCUCCUGCUGUUGUCCCAAAGUGUGUGGAGGUUUUAUCAGGAGUGUGCGCGAAACACAAGCUGUUGUUGUCGUCAUGUGACGACAGAGAUGAAUUCAGGAGAUGUAAAGAUGAACCAGUGCGCCGUGAUGAAGGAGUUCUGUCUGACUCUGAGAACGAGGAGCCGAUCAACAGGAGGAACCGAAACAUCUCUGCAUUUGUCAGAAAAACAAAGAUGUUGUCGGCCACCACAGGUGGUUCUCAGAGGAGUCGAAGCUGCACUGACCCUGUGGAGGACAGAGGAGGGAAAGUGAAGGUUGCUGCCCAUCCUGCCAUAAUGGACCGGGUCGGGAUUAGUCACAGCUUCACUGCCGGAAUCCUCCUGUCUUCUGAGAACAGUCGCUCUGUCUCCGCACCCAUUGCCACCCCUGACCGAAAGCUCACUUGGCGAGCUGUGAUGACAUCAUCGUUGUCAUCUUCUACCCCUGUGGUUGUGCCCCCGCCCCGCCCCGAACGCUCCAUUAGCCCUGAGAGUAACGACAGCAUCUCAGAAGAGCUCAAUCACUUUAAGCCCAUCGUCUGCUCACCGUGCACGCCGCCUAAACGGCUCCCAGAUGGUCGCCUCAUGGAGCCCACCAUUGUGAAGUCCACACCACGGAAUCUGACGCGUGGCCUGCAGAAGUCCACCAGCUACGAGGCAAGUCCUGCAGUGCUGCAGAAGUGGAGGCAGAUUGAACUUGACCGCCAGAACCUCAAAGUCAACUCCAAGGCCACACUGACGAGCCCUGUCACCGAGGUGCAUAACAAGAUCAGCAGCAGGGAGGAUGUUGCAAAAACUCGCACAUCUGCCGCUGAUAGUGAGGGGGUGACGUCCAUCAACAAGAGGAGGCUGCUGUUUGAUCCUCCAGCCGGAGACACGGCUGCCUUCCAGAAGCAGUCCGUAAAGAUCCGGGUCCCUGCAAUCCGCUACAGCACUGAGACAGUGGCGUUCAGAGGAAGCUCGGACUUUGAUUCAACAGUCCUCGUUUCUGAGUCAUGCAGUGGGGCGGCACUGUUCAGCCGAAAACAAUCUUUUUCGCCGUACUCAAAGAACUCUAGUUUCCAGUCGUGUAAAUUAGUGCCAAAGGAUGCGCAGAGUCCAAGGAAGGAGUUGGACAGUGGUGUCCACAACCAGCCUACCUCAAGGCGAGGCAAGAAGAGGAAGCAGAAGACCAAACACCUGGAGUCGGACUGUGAUGCCAACCUGAAGAGGAGCUGUUCACUCAACCAGGACGCCUUUGAUGAGCAAUAUGUCUGCCAGAUCCAACAGGAGCGACAGGACCGCAUCCUGGCACUGAAGCUGCAAAGACAGUUCGACCUGGAGAAUCAGACCGUCAACCGCAGGCGCAGCCCUGAUGCUUACUUCCUGCGGUCCUGGAUGUCCAAUCAGAAUCGUAGGAGGCGUGGCCUGAGGAGAUCCCGACGACUCAACAAGAAGCACUAGAGCAGAUGGAUCUGCUUAUGUGGCACAAAGUCAGACAGGAAGGGUUUCAUAUAUGCAAAGUGGCAAAUGUUUAAUGAAUCCUGAACUUGUUUAUUCAAAUGUUUGUUUUUUACACCAGCACACUGCUGUUGUGACAGUGGAACUUCAUCAGCUGUGAUAGUCAGACAUGACUCAAAACUUCUAAAUUGCAAUUUAAAAAUGAACAAAUCAAUUUCAUUAUUGACCUGGUCCAGGCCCUGGUCCUGGCCCUUGCCCAAGUCCAGCCGCCUCUGCCGUUGACCGUCUUCCAGUCUGAAUCUUUACAGACAUUUCUCUGCUUUCUGUGCAGCUCUGCCUGGUAAGAAUCAUGGGGACUGUAGUCCAGCCCACACACAUGUGGAGGGAUUGACACCUCAAGAUCACCCCUGAAUCUGAAUGGACCCGAUGGACCUGAAGGGCUUUCCUUGUUUUGUUUUUUUGUUUUUACUGAUGCCACAUGAGCUUUACUGGUGCACAUUUUAUAAAGUUACACUAAAGCUUUGAUCUUAAUCCAAUCUGACAGUGUUCAGAUGUGUGUAUGUUAAUGCUGAGUGCCAAAUGACCAGAGACUGUGUGAUGAUGAUGAUAAUAAUGAUAAUUAUGAUUAUGAUGGUGGUUUUAUAUGAUGAGAAACUAAAGACCUGAGAUGA